AUGGUGAAGAAGAAAAUCCCUAGUGCCGCCGCCAGCUCCACGAGCGUCGGUGCCGCCGCCAGAUAUUCUUCGAUUCUUGUGAAGGAGGUCGCCCCCAAUGCUCCUCCUCCAACUCCGGCGCCGCCGGCGCCACCAAGUUCAUCGGCCAAGCCUGCUGCGGAGGAGACCAGGGCUUCUCCUAUGAAGAGAUCAAUCGGCGGUUUUGCCGACGAAGAUGACCUCCUUGAUUUUGAUGAUACUUUCAUUGAGCCUCCGCCCAAGAAGGCCAGAUCUGAUGCUGUUUCACCGGCUGCCGCAGCUUCCGAAGCUUCGGCUCUUAAAGCGGCUCCCGUGAUGCAAGCAUCGACAGCCUCCUCCCUUUCCAAAGGGAAAGAUGCUCCUACUGCUGCUGCAGCUCAUCCUUCUGAUCUGCGAGGUGUGAUAUCCUCUUUAGAGGCCUUCGCCUUUCAAUUCACCUCUCUAGAGGCGGACAAGAUUCGGCUGCAGGAGGAGGCUAAGUCUUCCUCUUCAAAGUUGGAAGGUGCCAUCAAAAAGGCCGCCAUAGCUCGCCAGGAGGUCGACUCCCUGAAAGAAGAGCUAAACAAGCUAAAGGAGCGGCUGAAGGAGGAGGAAGCUCGGACGGCAGAAAAAGAUGAACUCCUCCGCCAAUCUGCCUUGGCCUUGCUUGAAGCUGCCGACAUCCCUGCUACUGCCUUGGAUAAAAUUCCGAGCAACUUCCCGGCAAACGGUGUGUCGACGGUUCUCGCCGCUCACCAACUCACCCGGGGGCUCCUUGACAAGGGUGCUCUGGCGCGGAUGCAUUCGAUGAUAUUCCCCAAGGCCACGCAGGAGAAGACUCUGGGGCAGCUAAUUGAUGCUUUCGCAGUCGACACCAAGGAGUCAUAG